AUGAGUAUCUCAAGCACAGAUAUUGCAAAAGUGGCAGGACACACAGUCACAAUCGAGGAGUUCAAUGUCGAUGACGACGAAGGCCCUCAACUGGUGCCACAGAGUUGUCCUCCUAAAGUCAGUCGUCUUGGUAUGUUGCGAGAGGUCGCAACUUUGGCUUUCACUCGACUUCGGGUAAGCUUCAGAGUGAGACCCUGGAACCAAACGGCAUCCCCUCGGCCCCUCUCGGAGAAAGGACUGUUCAUGUAUCAUUAUGUUGAGCCUUUAUUCCAGUGGUGGGGUGCCAAUCUUCGAAUACUGAAGUCUCAAAGUCUUGGUGUCGUCGCUGUUGCUGAUGCAUCUGGAGCAACAACAACAUUGAUCAAUGGAGCGUCUCACAACUAUGCUGGUCUAUACAAGGCCUUUCCAGAAUCGGAGGAACUUCAGAGAUUGUGCUUAGAUCAGUUGCCAGUCUCAGAUAGUGAUGCGGUUCCUCUGCUCCGCAAUGCUGUUCACCGGCCCAUUGCUGAGUUUCUCAAUACUGCAUUUUGCUUCACCACUAGUACCGGCUACGGAGCUAACUAUGUUGCUUUACCCGCCCUCAUCGAAAAUACGAAGACAGCCGUCGUCAUGGACCAUAACUGCCAUAACUCAAUGUUUACAGGUGUAUUCUUGGGCAAAUGCACCUCCGUGUGGAAAUUCAAACACAAUCAUAUCGGCCACCUGCAAUCAAUUCUUGAGGAGCUUGCUGUUACCGAGCACCGCGUUAUCGUACUCAUCGAGGGUCUUUACAGUAUGGACGGCGACAUACCCCCACUCGAUAAAAUUUACCAGCUAAAACAAAAGUUCGGCUUUGUCCUGUAUUGCGACGAGGCACAUUCUUUCUUAUCCUUGGGUAGCAGCGGUCGUGGAUGUUUGGAAUUUUGGAACGAGGCCCACCCAAACGCAAUACUCCCUUGGGAGAUGUUCGACAUUCCCACCGGCACUCUAUCAAAAGCUGUUGGCGGCAUUGGGGGAUUCAUUGUGGGCCAAUCGCAGUUUCAGAAAUGCAUACAACAACGUAUAUCAAGUAUUGACGAGCAGAGCAACAUUUCUGUCCUUACAUCUACCAUGGUACAAACGCUCUGGGUCCUAGGCCACUCGGCCAUUCUCAACCAAAACCUCUGCCGUCUCUCUGAGAUAUCACAGUACUGCCGCAGCGAGUUGGCCCGUGCUGGUGUCUACAUCUACGGUCAUCCAGGUACACCUGUGCUCCCGGUGUGGGCUGGCAGACCAAGCAAGUCGGCUGAACUGUCCUAUUGCCUCAGGAAAGUCGGUCUUCUAGCUAGUCCUGUUUCAGCACCGGCAGUCCCAUUCUGGGAGAGCAGGGUGAGGGUAAACCUCUCUGCUGACUAUUCUGAUGAUGACGUCAACAAAUUGCGGGCGAUUCAGGAUCUCGUACAGGCGACCGUAUCUUCCUGUCCAAAUUACCCAGCACUUGAUGCAAGUGCUCUGGCUGUUGGCCAUAGAUCACGAAAUAUCUACGGUAUUGGCGCCGGCUCCGCUCGUUGGAUUUCUGGGACUUUUCCGUCCCAUCUUACAGUUGAAGCGAUGCUGUCUCACGCCACCGGUACGGAGGCAGCAAUGGUGUACCCAGAUGAGUCCAUUGGCCUUACAUCAACGAUUGCUGCUCUUGCACGACCAAUCAUUGGUUUCAAAGAGCACUACAUACUCGUCCCCCGUCGUUUUAGUGGUCUUGUGCGGGAUGGCCUAGCAUUAAUACCACCCAGCAGAACGAAGGCGGGCUUUGUGGAAUCCUACGACAUUUAUGACGAUUUAGCGCUGCAGAUUCGGCGAUACAAAGGCCAGGCACAGGGUGCAAAAGCCUGUUUUACGGUCUAUGUAAGAGUGACUUCCAUUCAUGACGACGAAGCGGAAUAUGACGCGAUUCCGAAGUCAUUGAUACCAAAGAUCUUGCGAAACCUCUCCGCAACCGUCAGUAAAAAGUGCAAUAUAACCGUCUUACUGCACACAAGUUCCGAUCUCCUCAGCACCGCAGAGCUGGGUCUCCCUGUGCAAGCAGGCCUCAACAUCCUAAUAUACGGCUCAUUUGCAAGGAUUUCCGCGCUGCCUGGCGGCUAUCUAGCUGGUGCAAGGAGUUUGAUUGGGGAGUUCAGAUACACGAGUAGAGGCUACAUGUACACUACUUCGAUGCCGCCCUUCAUUAUGGACAUGAUGCAAAGUUUGCUUGAGCGCAAGACUUGUCACUACUUAAAACCGUUUAUGAGUCGCGACGCUGGUGACGACCGCCCGCUCGUUGUGAUGACAUGUGGUCUAGCAGGGGCUGGGAAAACAACAACAGCAAAAGCAAUCCUUGGGCAUUACCCAAACUUUGAACGGCUAUCGAUUGAUGAGAUCGUUUUCGCGAAGCACGGUAUCUACGGGGUCGACUAUCCAGCAGAUGAGAUCCUAUACGAGGAGUACCUGAAUGAAGCAGGUGCUAUAUACUUAGAUCGCUUCCAAAAGCUUUUGAGAGAGCGCAGAGACAUCAUCUUGGAAAGAUCCUUCUACGCCAAGGAGGACAGGGACGAGUUCCGAUCGUAUAUAGAAAACGAAGGGGCACGAAUAGUCCUGGUAUAUCUGCAUGCUGGAGACAAGGAGCGGCUUUGGGCUAGAAUAUGUGAAAGGAGUGCGAAGAAAAAAGAUGCAAACUCGGCUUUCGACAUUACUCGCGAUACUUUCAACAGGUACUGGGAUGGGUUUGAGGCGCCAGUUGGGGAGGGAGAAAUUGUUAUCGAAGUUACGUAG